GUCUCCAAGAUGAGGGGGUCAGCGCGUCGGAGACAUCGGACUCCAGCACGUUACUCUUUCCAGCCCGUUAUCGCAGCAAAGAGUCUGGGCAGAGCGUCAUGCAGCCAGAUCAAAGCGCAACAGGAGGUUCUAUACAGCCGAGUACGCCAAGACCCCGACGGAAGAAAGCAACGGCGUGCCAACGAUGCAGAGCUAGAAAACAGCGGUGCGAGGGCCGGGAUCAGGGUGCGUGUCGAAACUGCAGGUCUGCGCACGCUGAGUGUUUACCGGCCAGCCAUGAGUCUACGGGCAUGUACCCGGUCUCGUACGUACAAGGCCUUGAGCAACGGGUAGCGGGUCUUCAGGGACGCCUCGACCAACAAACUGCCAAGUCAAUGACCCAAGAAAAUCCUGAGUCUGGUAGCAAUCUGGCCCCAAAUUUGCAGGCAAACAUUCAUCCAGAUUUACAGAGCUUUACUGGUCAUCUUGACGCCUUUUAUAUGCCGUCUGUGCCCAGUCAAGGGAAUUCAUUCGACCUCUUAACAUACCAAGCCGACAACCUGUUCUCCAUCUCCCAACAACCGCCUGCAGACGAAGCCAACUACUCAACAGACGCUAUGCGCUCUCUUGAUCCCUCUAUGGCCGCUGUCGUGACCAAUAUUUCAGUCCGUGAGGGCGCCUCAUUCUUUCAGACUUAUUUUGAGAUCAUCCACCCCCGUUACCCAUUCCUUGACGUCGAGGAAUGCAGCACAGCGUAUAUAAAAUGGAAAGCAGGCGAGAUAGCUACCUGUGGCAACAAUGCCUGGUCCACAUGUCUGUUGAAGCUGAUAUUUGCCAACGGUGCAAUCUUACAGCACGCGUGGUCAGACAACAGGACUCGCCAACAGCUGGGGCUCAUCCUCCAAGAACAGAACAUCAUAUCUGAUUCUUUUUUAAAACCACUUGCUCGCCUCCAAGCCAUGCUUCUCCACGCCUUCCAUGAGCUUCACGGCGAGAGCACAGAACGAGUUGUGCAUAUCGUUGGUGUUGCUAUGCGCUUUGCAAUCUUCAAUGGCUUUCACCGUCUCACAAACGAUGGGUCUUACGAGAUAGAGAUGAAGAUUAAAGCUUGGUGGUGCAUCUACUGCUUAGACAAGGUUGUUGCAAUAACGCUGCGCAUUCCUCCCUACCCUCUGGAUGAGUGGAUUGACACGCCUGCAUAUCGGGUCAAACACGGGCCGCAGUUCUUUAUGCCUUGGGCCGUUGAUGCUCCAGGUUCUUCAGACGGGGUCCUGUAUACUUUUGAUCUACGCUACUUUGCACACAUGUGCAAGAUCAGGCGGCUUCACUCGGAGAUACUCACCCUUUCUCGACAAGUCGAUCCUGGCUCAAUAGAUCAAUCUCUUCGGAAGUUACUGUCCGAGAUUGACGGGUGGGCCAAAAGCAAAGAUGUGUUUGCCAGUAGCCAUCCGAACGCCGAAGGCCAUGCGAGCCCUCUUGGUGUUGUCUACGUCGCACACAUGACUCGAGUUGUGCUGUACAGCUCGGUCCCUCUUGAACCAGGGUCAGAAAAUACGGAUAAACUUCUUCAAGCCUGUUGUGACUCGUGCGCAACGUUCAGGGCUCUUCAGAAGAGAAAGCAUCUACCAAAACAUUGGUUUGAUAUGCUCUUUGUAUUUCAGGUAGGCGUGGUUAUGGUAUAUAUCCUCUGGCGGCGAUCUAUGCCAGUAUCUAAGGUUAUCGAUCGUGCCAUUCGGGAUUGUACCGCGGUACUGUCUAUAUUUGCCGAUCGAUCACAGAAGGUGGAUAUCUACCGAGACUGCAUGGAACUACUGGCAAGCAGCAUAUCAAGAAUUUCUACCCCCGGGACUAUCGACACAGAAACCAGACAAGAACUCAAUUUCUUGCUUGGUCAGAUUGAGGAAAACAGCCUUGCAUCGCAUGUUCAUGCCAAGUUGUCCGAAAUGUGUAAGACCAGUAUUGCAGAGAUGGAUACAUGACCUUCACAACUCCAGAGAAUGAAUAAGGUUUCAAUAUGGAUCGAUUCAUCUGGGGCGAAUCGCUAAUAUGAUGCUGCAGUAUGGCAAUCCGCUCUCGAGCCUUCACCUUGUCGCAGGUAAUGGUAAGCAGAAAGGAGAUAUUCGGACUUUUAACACAAAGCGCGAAGCAGUCGACCGCUGUUCGUAUUAGAAGACUUGUUGACGGAACCAAGUUUGCAGACGAGACUGUCCUUCAUAUUACAAUGAGCGCCGAGAUGAGCGCAUCAUGGCUGUAUGGCCAGACAGCACACUUUGCUGCAUGGAGCCUGUCAUCACUUCCCGUAACGAUGAAUACUGGGUUAGUACAAUGGGUGCCGCUACCCAUCUUGGUAAGGGCUUCUUAGCAGCUGUAAGGAAGCCUCAAGUCUAAUUGUUUAUUUGGUGCCACUUUGAGCUAUAUCCAUUAAGGUAAAAAGAGAUCUGAAGUGGAACAUAUUCCCAAGCUCGAUUGGUGCUGGGUGUGCACUAUCGACGAAGAGAGACUAGUGUUUGGGGUCCAGACCUGUUCCUGCAUGGGCACAGCUCGCCCAGGCUGUCAAUAGUUAGCAAUAGUGAUAUCCCACUAUCCCCAAAGCUGCUGCAAGGGACGGCUAUUGACCGCCAAGCGCUAAAUAGUUUAUACAGCUGAGUCGGG